GCAUUGCAAUCUGCAAGAAAUCAAUCACUCCAAACACCAAUAAUCUCUUACCCCUUUUCUUCCCCACGAUGUCUCAACGAUCCGCACCGUCCGGCACCACCACAUCAAAUGGCGGGUAAGCUUUCGCCUCUUUGCCUCUCUGGCCCUGAUCAGUUGGUCGCAGAAGGAAUAUCAAUGCUGACGGGUUGUGGGGUUGGUGUGUUUAGAGCAGCUGCCUAUUACACGGCGUCAGCGCCUCAAAUGGACAGGUAUCUUCGAAGCCCGAUGGAGCUGCCAGAGAGGCUUGUCUCUAUUGGGAACGGCACCUCAUCAACGCGGACGAGUUCGAGCAGUCGCCAGCAGACACAGCGCUCCUUGACAGCGUGGGAUGCGAGAUGGACGCAGGCUGGCCAAUCGUCGUGAAUGACACCCCCCUAGCUUGCAUGACGUUGGAAGACCGGGGUCAUCAGGCACGAUGUCAGCAUUUCGCGCGAGACAUACUCCGUAGAUAAGGAACCAACACGGCCACCGCAGGAGCGAAGACGUUUGAAAAGGUCGAAUGGUGUGAAGUGCUG